AAAAAAAAGACAUUCUUGAUUCUAUCAUCUGAUCUUGAAAGAAUGAAGCUCAAGACUCUAUUUUUACCAAUAUUCUUGUUUUUCCUCAUAAACUUAGACACCCUUUCUGCACAAACUUGCUUCAAUGGAUACUUUGAACCCAAUAGUACUUUUGACCUAAACCGUCGUCGAGUUCUCUCAAAUAUUGCUUCUAAUGUCACAACUCACAACGGCUUCUAUAACACCUCCAUCGGCCAGAAUCCUAACCAACUCUUCAUCAUUGGCAUGUGUAUCCCUGGAACUGAGCCAGAGGCUUGUUCAAAAUGUAUCAAAGGCUCAUCAGACGGCUUGUUACGAAGCUGUCCUAACCAAACAGUUGGUUAUGUAUGGCCAGAUUGUUGUAUGGUACGUUAUUCCAACAUUUCCUUCUCUGGAUCAGGAUCACUCAUUAUGGAACCCUCUAAAUCGGUGUCCAAUCCUGCACCUAUCGAUGUUGAUUUGACACUAUUUGAUAGAGUCUGGGAAGAGUUAAUGUCCCGUACGAUAACAGCAGCUUCUUCGAUCACUCAUGAAUCAUCAUCAUUUGGGCAUAAGUACUAUGCAUCUGACGUUGCUUCAUUGACAACUUUCCAAACCAUAUACGCAAUGGUGCAAUGUACGCCAGACGUUUCUUCAGGGGAUUGUGAGUAUUGUCUGAAGAAAACUGUUGUUGAUUACAAGAAAUGUUGUCGCGGUAAUAAGGGUGGUGCUUUUGUAAGACCAUUUUGCUUUAUCCGGUGGGAUUUGUAUCCUUUUGCUGGUGCUUUUGAAAAUGUUACAUUGUCACCGCCGGUUUUACCUCAGCCACCGGUAAGCGGUCGCACAAAUACAACUGGAAAAGACAAAAAGAAAAAUUCGACGGGGAUUAUUGUGGCAGUUACUAUCUCUACGGUUGUAAUCUUGGUACUGCUUCUUGUGGGAUUUGCAGUUUGCAGGAGAAAAAAAUCAUACCAAACAGUUGAAGUUCAAGCUGGUGACCAGAUCACCAGCACACACUCAAUGCAAUUCAGUUUUAAGACAAUUCAAGAUGCAACUGAUAACUUUGUGGAAAGUAAUAUGAUCGGACAAGGUGGAUUUGGUAAAGUUUACAAGGGAACACUUUUGGAUGGAACUGAAGUAGCGGUAAAGAGACUGUCAAAAACAUCAGGACAAGGCGCACAAGAGUUCAAGAACGAGGCUGUUCUUGUAACGAAGCUUCAGCAUAGGAAUCUGGUUAGGCUUCUUGGAUUUUGUUUGGAAGGAGACGAAAAGAUUCUCGUCUACGAGUUUGUACCAAACAAAAGCCUCGACUAUUUCUUGUUCGAUCUUGAAAAGCAAGGAAAACUAGACUGGACAAGACGGUACAACAUUAUUGGAGGCAUUGCUCGGGGAAUUCUAUAUCUUCAUCAAGAUUCACGGCUUACAAUCAUACACCGUGAUCUCAAAGCGAGUAACAUUCUCUUAGAUGCCGAUAUGAAUCCCAAAAUCGCAGAUUUUGGUAUGGCAAGGAUAUUUGGAGUUGAUCAGAGUCAAGCCAGCACAAGAAGAAUCGUUGGAACUUAUGGUUACAUGUCACCAGAGUAUGCAAUGCACGGUUAUUUCUCCAUGAAAUCUGAUGUCUAUAGCUUUGGAAUAUUGAUCCUGGAGAUUAUAAGUGGCAAAAUGAUCCGCAGCUUCUGCCACAUUGAUGAUUCUGGUGGCAAUUUGGUCACACAUGCUUGGAGGCUUUGGAGAAACGGGUCACAUUUAGAACUGGUGGAUCCAGCCAUAGGAGAAAGCUAUAAUUGUAUUGAGGCUACUAGAUGCAUCCAUAUGGCACUUUUAUGUGUUCAAGAAGAUCCCGCUGAUCGACCAACGUUGCCAGGAAUAAUCAUGAUGCUCACUAGUAACACAGCCACUUUACUUGUGCCUCGAGCACCCGGCUUUUGCCUCUCAAACAGGAGUGAACAAACCACAAGCAUGUCUACUCCCGGUUCUAUCAAUGAUGUAUCCAUCACAGAUUUAGAGCCUCGUUAACCAAUGGUUUUCAAAAAUAAUAUGUACUGGAACUGUAAUGAAAAUAUCAACAUCUUCUCUUGCUUUAUUAGUUCUCUAUUUUAUGACUAAAUGAACUAAAUGACUCUA